AUGAUCAACGCCGUCCUCGUCUUCAACAACAACGGACAACCCCGUUUAACCAAGUUCUACACACAGAUCGACACCCAAACCAAACAAUCCCUAAUUGCGCAAAUCUACAACCUCGUCUCCCAACGCCCCGCCAGCGCCUGCAAUUUCCUCCCCCUCCCGCCACUUCUCUCCCGCGGCGCAAGCUCCGGCGCAGAAAACGGCCCCUCCGACGCCCCCACCCAAAUCACCUACCGGAACUAUGCCACCUUGUCGUUCAUCAUGAUCUCCACGUCGACUGAGUCGCCGCUGGCGCUGAUCGAUCUAAUCCAGGUCUUCGUAGAGGCGUUGGACCGCAUGUUCGAGAACGUGUGCGAGCUGGAUCUGAUCUUCGGGUAUGAGACUAUGCAUGCGGUGCUGAGUGAGAUGAUUGUUGGGGGUGUGGUGGUGGAGACGAAUAUUGAUAAGAUUGUUUCGGCGGUGAGGGAUCAGGAGGGCAAUUUGGGGAAGAAGAGGGCUAUUCAGGCGGCUAGUUCGGGGAUUGGGAGAACGGGGUUGCCUGGGUUGGGGGCUUGGAGGUGA